AUGCAUGUAGUGGGGAAGAACCUCACCAACGCCAUCUUCUUCACCCUCUUCUUCUCCGUCGCUUACUACCUCCUCCACCGUUGGCGCGACAAGAUCCGCACCUCCACCCCUCUCCCCCUCCUUACCUUCUCCGAGAUCUCCGCCAUCGUCUCCCUCAUCGCCUCCUUCAUCUACCUCCUCGGCUUCUUCGGCAUCGAUUUCGUCCAAUCCUUCAUCGCCCGCAACUCCAACGACGCAUGGGAAGAAGAAGAAGAAAACGAACAACAAAAACUUGAGCAACACCGCCGCGCCACUCAGAUCCUCCCUACUCCUCCGCCGCAGCCACAGCAGCCUGAAACCCUAAUUCCGUCGAUUUCUUCCGCCGACGAUGAGGAGAUUGUCUGCUCGGUCGUCGACGGCAGGACACCGUCGUACUCGCUUGAGUCGCGUAUCGGUGACUGUUUUCGCGCUGCAGCGAUUCGCCGCGACGCGCUGCAACGCGUUACCGGGAGAUCCUUGAAGGGUCUGCCAUUGGAAGGGUUCGAUUACGAUUCGAUUUUGGGGCAGUGUUGUGAGAUGCCGGUGGGGUACGUUCAGAUUCCGGUAGGUGUGGCGGGGCCGUUGCUUCUGGACGGUGUGCAGUAUGUUGUGCCGAUGGCGACGACGGAGGGGUGCCUCGUUGCGAGCACAAAUCGGGGAUGCAAGGCAAUCAGCGCCUGCGGUGGGGCCAGCAGUGUUGUGUUGAGGGAUGGGAUGUCGAGGGCUCCGGUGGUGAGGUUCGGCACUGCGAAGAGGGCGGCGGAAUUGAAGUUCUUCUUGGAGGACCCACUUAAUUUUGAUACACUUUCCGUUGUUUUCAACAGGUCCAGUAGAUUUGCAAGGCUUCAGGGUGUUCAGUGUGCUAUGGCAGGGAAGAACGUUUAUUUGAGAUUCACUUGCAGCACUGGUGAUGCCAUGGGGAUGAACAUGGUUUCCAAAGGAGUGCAGAAUGUUCUUGAUUUUCUUCAAAACGAUUUCCCUGACAUGGAUGUCAUUGGCAUCUCUGGAAAUUACUGUUCGGACAAGAAACCCGCUGCUGUAAAUUGGAUUGAGGGUCGUGGCAAAUCAAUUGUUUGUGAAGCAAUUAUCAAAGAAGAAGUGGUGACAAAGGUACUGAAGACCAAUGUUGCUGCCUUGGUUGAGCUCAACAUGCUGAAAAACCUUGCUGGUUCUGCUGUUGCCGGAGCUCUUGGAGGAUAUAAUGCCCAUGCUAGUAACAUUGUCUCUGCCAUUUUCCUAGCCACUGGUCAAGAUCCAGCUCAGAAUGUUGAGAGUUCCCAUUGCAUCACCAUGAUGGAAGCCGUCAACGAAGGGAGGGACCUUCACAUCUCAGUGACUAUGCCUUCCAUUGAGGUGGGAACAGUUGGGGGUGGGACUCAACUUGCAUCUCAGUCUGCAUGCUUGAACUUGCUCGGUGUAAAGGGCGCGAGCAAGGAAUCACCGGGAUCUAACUCAAGACUCUUGGCCAAAAUUGUCGCUGGCGCUGUUCUAGCAGGAGAGCUGUCUCUGAUGUCUGCUAUUGCGGCUGGACAACUAGUCAGGAGCCAUAUGAAAUACAACAGAUCAAGCAGAGAUGUGUCUAAUUGCACCUCUUGAAGACCAGAUGAUGUGGUUGAGGUCACUGUUUGUUGUGAAGUUUUGGAAUUAAAAAAAAAAGCACAAAAAAGGGUCUUUUUGAGUUGGGGGGGAAUUUUCUGAAUUGCAGAGGAAAAUUGAAAACAUGAGUAAGAUUGCUGGCAUCAACUUUUGGCUUUAGAUUGGUUUCUGUCGAUCCUUCACCACCUGUUUUGGGGUUCCUUUUGGAUCAUCCUCUGCUCACAAUACAAGCUUUGACAACCUAACCCUGCAGAAUCAUUGGAUGGGUGUUGAUAUUUUCUUUAACCGAGACAUUUGAUGUGUUGUAUUAUAAUUCUUUUUUAUGAUAAUAUGAUUAGUGUAUGUACCAACGUCCAUUGAUACAUUAAUUUCUAUUUAGUUGGGGGACCAGAAAGGAUAGGGGUUUGUCUUGUUGCAUUGGCUUCUGAAGUAUCUUUUAUUCAUUGAAUUGAACAACUCCUUUCCUA